AUGCCUCUGUCAACCAACGAGCAGCAAGACACAUUUGUACCGGGAGCUCAGAGGACUUUUCGAGGUCUCAGUCCACAUCAGAGACUUGCACUGCCUGUGCUUGUGCUUGGUGGCGCUGAGAGCAUCACGAUUCCCUCUCACCACCCUACGGCCUCCGUUGGAGCAAGCCAUUGCGAAGACCAGGACGACACGCCAGCGCACGCCGAACCUUGUACACCAUGGAAGACCGGAAGCGGUCACGAUCCGUGGACGUCGGGGCCGACAUGCAAGACUUCGCCGCCCAGGUCCAGCAAACACCACCCUGCCCUCAUCACCCGACCACGCCAGGCUCCACUGCCCGUCACUCCAGAGGCGAGUUCAGACAUCCCAAUCCCAUCCGAGAUAGCCGGUUCCCAACGUGGAACGCGCCCACAGACACGAUCGAGGAAGUGUCAGAGCAAGACGAGCGAGAGAGACGGUACUCAGAUCCCCUGGGCGACUCGACGGGAAUCAACAGCCCCAACCGAAACUCUUCCAAAGGGGUCAAAUCUGCCUAGGCGGCAGUCAGGUCUGGGUCUCGGGCCAUCGGCAGCUUCGCCUACAAACGCUUCGACGACGCCAAGUUUGGAUGGAAAAAGCGGAAACAGCGACGAGAAGAAGAGCCUGUUCAGCCCGCCCCAGCACCUCCGCCCCAGCCAGGAACUCAUCCCUACCUCCAUCCAGCUCAAGCUGGGGGGAGGACGGCGCACUCGUCAACAACAUCAUUCGGCAGCACUCACUCCAACCCCAGAGAAGCCCUCCGUCACGAUCGAACGAUACGCGAGUACGGGUACUGUCCAGACUGUGGCGAACGUGGAGUGGCGCAAUACACUCGACACACAGAAUACUACGGGAUGGGAUCUUCGCGAUGGGUGUACCACAAGACCUAUGUGCCUCAACGCUCCCCUGCCACUUCCCUGGACAGCCUGGCCAGCGCCGGCUACGACAUCGCCCCUCAGACCCGAGAACGACUUGAACGACUUCUCAGCGACCGUGGAUCUAUCCGGGACAGAGAAGAUCUCUUGCCAAUCCUCUCAAACGAUGAACAACGGCGUAUCUUUGCAGGAUACCUCGUCCAGAGAUCUGGGCCGUCGGAAGAUGUCGUACCACAGUCCAACGCGCCCCGCCCUGAUCUCAGACGCAGUACAUCCAUGCCAGCGUUCCAACGAUCACACACCCGAUGAGAGUCCACCCAUGUCGCCGCAGAGCACCACAUCGAGCAUCGCUGCUUCUCACGAGACACCAAUGACCAGCCCGAGUCGGUCACUGAGAAAAGGAAGACCCAGCCCGAGUCGGUUUUCAGCGCUCGCCAGCCAUCUUGCACAAUUUGAUGGCCAGGACGAGGCUGGGAGUGGGCAUCCAUCACCUGAGGCUGGACCAAGUACUCCUGAGGUGGAAGAGGAUGCGGACGAGACCUUCUUCGACGUCGAUGGGUCUACUGAGGCGAGUGACGAUGUCUUCUUUGACAGCGCUUCCCGUAUGCGAGGUUCCGAGUCGAGACAUAGUCGGAUUCCAAGCGCCUACGAUAAUGAUGCCGCUGGUUCGCCCAUGCCUUCUCGGGCGCCUUCAGGUCGAGCGGACCAGGAUGAAUUUACACCUCUAGGCACACCUAGCUUCGCCAAGGGUGCCUCCGCCUUCCCCUUCCCUCGCCACACGGGUGGUGAUGCUUAUGGUCCGGCGGUACGUCGAUCGAGGUACCCAAGCGCCUUACUAGGACACUGCGAGCGCAAUGCCACGCCUCGUCAGAAGCGUCUGAUGACAGUAGGUGCUCAGACUCCGGACCGCUUCAUCCCGACGCGUGCUGGGACGCCCACCAAGGAGUCGCUGCUGCUUUCGAAGCGUCGUGCUAAGCCGUCUGGCCUCAAUACGACCAAUGCAGAGUCGGACCCUUUCGGACCGGUGCCAGCACGAAGUCUGUGGAUGGCAGAGCAGUAUGCCACACUCUGCAGCCCUCCAGCGCCGCUUCUUCCAGUUGGUGCACCCACAAGAGUGUUCGAUGCUUCGGCGCAAGCACGCCGAGCACCCAGCUUAGGCACCGUAUGGACUGUCGGUGGAUCCAUGGUGACUGAAGGCGUGGCGAGCAUUACGAACGGACGCGGUGGACGAGUUACGAGUGGGACGAACGCUGCACACUAUACUGCGGACUUUAUCCGGAAGAACUCGUUGACCGAAGAUGAGGUUACGCAUUCCAGACGACUUGCUGUGGCCAUGGAUAUCGAUCAGAAUGCGAGGAUGCUGGUGCAAAGGUCUCCUGCUUCGCCUAUUACGUCGAGCGGUGGCAGUGCUUCGCCCGCUCAAGGUCGUCGGGUCUGGAGGGACGGUGCAUGGCAGCAGGAUGGUGUUGCGACACCCACGAAGGGAAAGACGAAGAAGGUCAAAGACGUCCCGGUCAUCCCCUUCCGAGUGCUUAAUGCGCCAGCGCUGCGCGAUGACUAUUACUGCUCUCUACUCUCCUACUCACCUACUCUAAACUGCCUGGCAGUCGGCCUCGGCCCGCACGUUUACCUCUGGUCCGAAAAGCGCACGUCUUCUAGCAUCCCAGACUCGUUGACCGCACCGGCAGGCAGUGCGCACGUUACGUCUGUCUCCUUCAGCUCAAAAGGCGGCGGCAGUGCCAUUCUUGCUCUUGGCCGUGCGGACGGUCGCAUUACACUCUGGAGUCCACUGGAUCGUGAGCCGCGGUUUGACAGCGAGCAGCCAUCUCCUAUCUCAUGCUUGGCUUUUCGUCCUGAGACUGUCCGCAGGCCCUCCCUUCGAGACUCCAAUGCCAUGGCCAUGACUGAAGAGCUUCUUGUCGGUGACGAAGUGGGCUUUGUGUACUACUAUUCAAUUGAAUGGCCCACUCAAGACCAGCGAGACCUUUUUGACUGGCAUGGUAGCAUGAAACUGCUGGCGAGAAUCGAGUGCCACUCGCAACAAGUCUGUAGAAUAACUUGGAGCGCCGAGGGCCAAUUCUUCGCCACCGGCGGCAACGACAAUCAGCUGUUCCUCUUCGAAAGCAAGAAGAUACAUCAACCGCCUGACCCCCAAAGCGUGAACGCCGGCACCGCAGUCCACGUACGGGCUAGAAGCUCCAACACCGUGACUGGACAAGACGCCGUCCUCGCCAUCACGCCCGGCCAGGAACGGCACAUCUUCAGCCUUAACGCCGCAGUCAAGGCAAUGGCCUUCGCGCCCUGGCAAUCUACCCUCCUCGCAGCAGGAGGCGGAAGCAACGACCGCUGCAUCCACUUCUUCCACACCCUCUCCGGCGCCACGCUCGCGACCAUCGACUGCCACGCCCAAGUCACCUCGCUCGUGUGGUCGGAGAAGCGCAAGGAAAUCGCCGGCACGUUCGGCUUCGCGCAGCCCGAACACCCCUACCGCGUCGCCGUCUUCGCCUGGCCGAGCUGCAACAUGGUCGUGCGCAUACCGUGGUGGGGCGAGGAGCGCGCUUUAUUCGGCGUCGCUUACCCGCGCGGUCCGGGGACUGGUGGUCAGCGGCAAGCUGAUUCUCAGGAUGGGGCCUCUGCGGUGAGAAGGACUGAUGCGGAGGGACGCCCGUGGUAUGGCAGGCGGACGAGGGAGGAGGGGUGUUUGGUGGUGGCGACGAGUGAUGCGAGUAUUAAGUUUCAUGAGAUCUGGGCGGAGCAUAGUGGUGGUGGGGCUGCUGGGGGUGGGAGGAGGGUGGAGAGUGGGAUUUUUGGGGGGAGUAGGAUUUUGGAGGAGGAGGGGACCGGGGAUAUUGAGCGGUGGGGUGUUAUUCGGUGA